GUUAGUUGGUUUUGGAAUACAUAAAAGGAGAGAUCCUACCGCUCAAUGGAAGAAUAACAUAUCUUGUCUUCUCUCACAGCCCGACGGCGUCCAUGGAUUCAGAGCACUUGGGUCAGCAGCCUUAAAUAUGUGUGAAGUGGCCAGAGGUAAUGCUGAUGCUUACUACGAAUUUGGAAUUCAUUGUUGGGAUUAUGCUGCGAGUGAUCUGAUUGUCAGAGAAGCUGGCGGGGUUGUGAUCGAUACUGAAGGGGGUGCAUUGGACUUGAUGGCCCGUCGUGUUUUGGCAGCUAGCAGUCAGAAACUUGCAGACCAGAUAAGUCACCGCAUAAAACACUUAUUACUGGAGCGAGACUAAGACAAUAUCUAUGGCAAUUAUUUCUACAGAUCCUGAAAUACAUUCUGUUAACUUUAUAGACACAGGGACCAUGGCAUUUAUUUUUCAACAAACAAUUAAAAAAAAUAUAGCUUUAUAUUAUAGUAAACUUG